AUGGUAGAAGAAUGUAAAAAUUAUGAAAAAAGAAAUAAAUCGACAAAAAAAGUUAUUGAAGAACUUCGUCAAAAUUAUAAAGCAAGUGAAGUUCUUCGUUAUUAUACAGCUACUUCAUUUUUAUUUCGUUUAUUUAAUGAAGCACUUCGUACAGAAAAUAUCGAUUUUCUCUUUGUAUUUCGUUUUUUCUCAGCCGACGUAUAUAAUCAAUUAUGUCAACUGUAUAUCGAACAAUUUUUAAAUCAUCAAAUCGAUAGUUUAGAAUUAUUUCGCGGUCAAUUUAUGACCAUUGAUGAAUUCAAUAUCAUCAAAGAAAAUGUUGAACGUUUAAUAUCGAUUAAUUCAUUUUUUUCUACAACAAAAGACUAUUCUGUUGCAUCUAUCUUUUCUGGUUUUGGUGAUCAAAAUAAGCCACUAGGUCAAAUAUCUGUUCUAUUUCAAAUUGAAAUUAAUGAUACUGGUCAUUCAAUAAAAAGACCAUUUGCUUCUUUACAAGAAAUUUCUAAAAUACAAGACGAAGAAGAAAUACUCUUUUCUGUUGGUACAAUAUUUCGUAUUGAAGACGUUACAAAUAUACCCGGAAGUAAUCAAGACUGGUAUGUAAGUUUAAAAUUAGUCAAUAAUGAUGAUGAUAAUGAAAUAACUCAGCAUAGAAAAGAAUUAGAACAAGAAUUUUGUCAUAACUGUGAUUUAUGUAGUCUCGGAUCGGCUUUAAUCAAAAUGGGUGAUUAUAAUAAAGCAGAACGAUACUUUCAAAUUAUUCUUGAACAUGUUUCGCAAAAUCAAACAACUGUACCUCUAAUAUACACAUAUCUUGGAAUUAUUUAUCACAACAAAGGUGAUUAUCAAAAAGCAUUAGAAUAUCAUCAAACAGCGUUAGAGUAUUACAUAGAACGAAAUCAUUUAUAUUAUUAUGAGGAUGAGAUUGGGGUGACAUAUACUCAUAUUGGUUCAAAUUAUAAUCAACUUGGUAAGAAUCAAUUGGCAUUGGAAUAUUUUACGAAAGCAAUUCAAAUACAAAGAUCACCUCGCAGAAAUGCUUAUACAUUUAAUCAAAUUGCUCUGAUAUAUCGAGAUAAUGGUGAUUAUCAACUAGCAUUGGAAUAUUUUCAAAAAGCAUUAGAUAUCGAUGAAAAUAUUUUAAAACUUCAUAAGUAUAAUCCAUCGUUAGCGACAGUGUAUAAUAACAUUGGUGAAAUAUAUAGCAGAUUAGGAGAUGAUGACAAUGCUUUGAAAAAUUUAGAACAUGCACUUAAUAUACGUCUUAAAGGUACAGUCUCGACACAUACGGAUCUUGCAGCAAUUUAUAAUAAUUUGAGUGAUAUAUACAUCAGAAGAAAGUGUUUCGACAAAGCAUUAGAAAUGCUUGAAACAGCACUUGAAAUUGAUACUCAAGUUUUGCCUGAUAAUCAUCCAUCAUUAGCUGUAACACAUAAUAAUAUUGCUUUAGUAUACAGUGGUAAAGAUGAUUUAACUAAAGCCAUAUAUCAUCAAGAAGCAGCCAUAAAAAUUAUGUUAAAAUCAGAUGCAAAAAACAAUGCUGCACGACUUGCCUCAUAUCAAUAUAAUCUUGGUUGUCUUCAAUUUACAUUUGGUAACAAUACAAAAGCACUCAAGAUAUUCGAAAAAACUUUGAAAACUCAAUUAGAAUAUUCACCUAAAGAUCACGAAAACUUAUCGAAUACAUAUUUAUCAUUAUCCCGUGUCUAUGAAAAAGAUGGAAAUAUUUCAAAAGCAUUCGAAUGUUUAGAAAAAUCCGUUGAAAAUGCUUGUAUUUCAUUAUAA